ACGCCAAUCGUAAUACUACCGGACCCGAGGAAGACGGAAUUGGGUGGAGCUUUGAAUCGGAAACGAGACUGUACGGACAUGGAGAAACCGGUGGCGACACUCGAAAGAGGCACGACCUGCUCAUCCUGGAACUACUGCGGAGAAAGAUUGGCCGCUGGCUCCGACGACGGUUCUGUCUCCGUCUUCGACUCUCGCGAGCCAUCCUCUUCCUCCCUCACGUCCUCCUCCAAAUUUAAGGUACAUGAGACUGGCAUUGUAAAGAUUGUUUGGAUUCCUCCUGAAUAUGGCGACGCCAUUGCUUGCAUAUGUGCUGAUGGUGCUUUAUCGAUUUGGGAAGAAGUUGUAGAAGAUGUGGGCACACAGCUUUUGCAGUGGAAGAAGUGCAAAUGCUUUAAGAGCAGUUCAUCUAAAGCAUUAGAUGUUCAAUUUGGGGUUAUGGGAAGGAGUUUGAAAAUGGUUACCGCAUGCUCCGAUGGCCAUGUAAAGGUUUAUGAGCUCAUGGAUCCUCUAGAACUGAAAAAUUGGCAACUUCAGGCUGAAUUUCAGAAUGUAAUAGACUCUGUAUCUUCAUUUCGGAAGGCUUCAUGCUUGUCAGCAUGUGUUUCUUGGAAUCCACAGAAAGGUGAAAACCAAGAAUCAAGCUUUGUUGUGGGUUUUAAUUCCAAUACUCCACAACUCAAUUCCUCAAAGGUCUGGGAGUUUGAUCCAGCUCAUCAGAGAUGGCUCCCAGUUGCAGAGUUGGCUUCAGCUGAUGAUAAGGGUGAUCAAGUUUAUUCUGUUACAUGGGCACCAAACAUUGGCCGGCCGUUUGAACUAAUAGCUGUUGCAUCCCAGAAAGGAAUUGCAAUAUGGCAUCUUGGAAUAACCCCUGACUUGGAUGGAAGGCUCUCAGUAGAGAAGGUUGCAUUACUUUCUGGCCACGGUGGUGAGGUAUGGCAAAUGGAGUGGGACAUGAGUGGAAUGACCUUAGCAACUACAGGAAGUGAUGGGAUGGUAAGGUUAUGGCAGUCUAACUUGAACGGUGUUUGGCAUGAACAGGCUGCUUUUGAACCCACUCCUUAACCAUCUAUCGUUAGGGUUCUGUCUGUUUGAAAUGUUCACAUAAUCACCUGGAUGAAGCAAUGAAAACUUGCAUAUACCCUGAAAUUGAAGGUUGUGCAUCGUCUGCGUCUAUAUUUAUGUACAUUUGAUUUGUGAUUUAAAAUACUACUUAUGAACUCGAUAUUUCCCAUUUAUGUUCUGUUUAUUGGUGUUCUGUAGACCCCAUUUUUAUAGGCUCAGCCCUAGUUUGAGACUCAAGUUUACGUAAAGAAAAAGCUAACCUACUUCUUCUUAUUUUUGUAUUGCCUUAUUUAUUUAUUUAUUUUAUGCUUUUGUUUACUGUGAUUUUUUUUUUAUGUAGUUAGUAAUUAAUAUUAUAUUUAGAU